CAAUUGAUAUGGAAAUAUAAAUGCUCAGUAAUGAAAAUAUACCAUUCUCUAAUUUUUUAAUCAAGGCAACUGAAGUAUUAAAAGGUAGCUUAGUUUAAGGGUCAUAUGAUAUCAAUUGUAUUUUGAUAGCUUAAGGAGUUUGGUGUUGAUAUUAAGCUUUCCCUUCUUUACUAUAAUUAUUUCCAGGAGCUUGCUUCACUAGGCCGAUUUGCAUCUUAUAGUUUAUGGCAUUUACAUGAAAUGCUGAUUCUCCUUUUUAGUUUGCACAGUUGUAUCAUUUGAGAACACAUGUCUGUUGUUUUAUCUCAGUUUGGUGCAAGAUUAUGAUUUUGAGCCAUCAUAGGCUGCAUAAGGGGACCAUGUUUGUUUACAUGGCACUGAUAUUUUUUAAAUUUUUUUAGUAGGAACUAUUAACUAAGGUCUGUGCUGGUUGUGCAUAUCAGACAGUUAGACCAGAUUUAAAUAUGUUAGUAGUGCAUGACUUAUAUGUGACUAUUUUAAACUUCAUUUUAGCUUAUCUCAUCCAUUCUUAAUUCUUCUGCCUAUUAUAAUCAUGUCACACUGUUGUUACUGACUUAUUUUUAAUAGUUCAGCUUUAGAUUAAUGAUUGUCUUUAUGCUCAUUUGUUGUUGAAUAUUUCAUACAAGUUUGCCUUUAAGCUAUAUGCCUUUUGAGUGUUGAUUAUUAGAAUAUGUUGAUACUAUCCUUUUGAGUAUUGAUUACUAGGAUAUGAUACUACUCUCGGAGAGAAAUGGAAAACCUGUUUCUGAUUCUAUUAUUUAUUCUAAUGCUACAAAUUUAGCAAACUCAUACUUAUAGGGUACAGUAAAUCAGUUAGACUCAGUACCUAUGAAUAUUGAGUUAUCCCAACAAAACACCUAACAUAACACAUUCAAUAGAAUCCAGAACAAAAUGCUAAAGUUCACUUAAUCUAGCAUUCUCUGGAGGCUUAGUUUGCCAGUGAUGACACAAAGCAACACGGAAACAUUAGAUAAAACCCCUACUAAUUUGAGAGUUUCGAGUCUAAGGAAUUCAAGUACUUGGUUUCUCCCAAUCAAUACAGUCCCAAAAAAAACUCCAACUAAUUUUUCCUUCAAUUUCCCUAUUUAUUCAAUAAUUUCCUAAUAGUAGCUGCUGACUAAUAUAAUAGCUACUGCCUAAUAACACAAUAACCGCUAUCAUAUCCACCAUUAGGGUUUUAGUAAUAAAUUCUUCAAUUUAUCUUAAAAUGUUGUCAAUUUUAAGAUUAUAGUUUCAAUCCAAACUCUUUUAAGGGUAAUGUUCUAUUCUUCAUUUUGUUAUGUUCUUGCUCACAAACAAUUGUUUUGUUUUUCUUCCUACUUUUAAUUUAGUUAUGUUCUUUUUUGCUAAGUUUGCUUAAGUUUUAUUGCUCUACACUUUAGGUUCUUUAACUAUUAUGUAUGAUAAUAUCAUGGUCUCUAUAAUCUUGUGUAUUUUUUAUUUUAUUUUUGAGUAUUUAUGUAUACUUUGUACUGUGUACACUGAAUUUUAGUCUUUGCAAUAACGGCUAUCCUUAUAUCUCUAUACCGGUAUAUUAUUUUAGGAGAUCUUUGCUACAGAACACUAUCCGAGAUGAACAACACAACUAUUUCCUUUAGCAAAGUGAUUACCUGGUUCCACCAUAUUUGAAAUGCUUUUAAUCCUCAGUUGAACAAAGAUCACUCUUGAUAUCGAAUAAUUACAAUAUUGUCUUAUUGUCAUAGUUUUGAAUGCUGGAUUCCAUCUGGUUGAACUAAAUCACCUCCUAUAAACUGCCAUAAAAUAAAAUCAGUCAAAAUUAAUAGGAUUCAAACCAUUAAAUGUGGCAAACCUCUAAACUUAUAAAAGUGUGGUCAUCUUGUUUUGCAAGUUGCAACUUAAAUACGCCUACCUGCAAUCCAAAAACAAAACAAAAGAAACACUCUUAUCAGAAAUCUUCCCAUGAAGGGCCUGUUACUAGCAACUUUUUGAUAGACUAACAUAUAACUUUCUGUAGCUGCUAUUUGCUUGUAUCUUUGCUGGUACCAGGACUUGUAAACAGAAGAGGCAUUGGAGUAAGAUUAAGUUGUUUUGUGGACCCAAUAUGGUAUUUUUCAAAUUGUAACCAGUGUUGCCCAAUGGCAUCUGUUGAAUGUUUUUGCCAUUGCUUGCAAACUUCGUUGAAGUCAUGGCUGAAUGGCUUUUACAUUUGUGUGUUUGUCAGAGGGAAGUAAACCUUUCUUCGUCUUAUGUACCCUGCCUUAGGUAACUUCCAUUAACACUAACUCCACACACUUUCCCUUUGUUUUCUGUGGCAUAAUAUAUUUGACACUAUGUUAUCAAACUCGGCUGUUAUCUCGGCACGACCGUGCUGUUCCGACACAGACGUGUGACUUGGCUGGAACGAUCGCGAUAAUGGGAUUGGAUACGGGACGAUUCCGCUCCGGCCACAUCAGUUUAUAUAUGACAUUUACCCUUAAAUUUUUAAGGAUAGCAAGUGCUUUCUGCAAUCCUGCUGAUGUUGAAGCAUUUACUGAGGAGAAAAAACAGUCUCUUGUGAAACGUCAAGGAAAGGGUGCUGACUUUGUUCGUGCUGUUAAGGAGAUUGUUGAUAGCUAUGAAAAAUUAAAAAAAGAGAGACAACUUGGUGAAGCUAACUAUGGCGACAAUGUUGCUGAUGCAAAUGUUUCAAAGCCAAUCAACUCGUACGGCAAUGAUCAGAAAGAUGCUCCUUAUUUAUCACCCACUUUACCCAUGAAAUCUUCAAAUUCAGCUGUUGACAGACAUGACUUAUGUCCAGUUGAAGUUGACUCAGCUGCUGUGUCGAAAGAUGAAUGUCAUGAUAAGGAGCUCACUGAUAAUGGUUCUUCUGUACAAUCGCCUAAGCCCAUUACUUACUCUUCUCGAAAGAGAUCUGCUGGCGAAUUAUGCCCACAGGGCUUCAUAACAGAUAAACAUAUGCCAGUACGAAGGAAUAGAAGAAGCUCAUCACGGGGCCAAAACGUUAUGUUUCCCUGUAAUAACAGUGGAAAAAAUUCUGGCAGCCAAUUAACCAAUGCAGCACAGGGUGCAUCUGUACGAAGGAAUAAACGUCUUAGGAAAUCACCCGAUCUUGCUGGCUGUAAUGAUUUUGAUUCAUCUGCUUUGGUCUUGAAUGAUAGCAUGGAGGACAAAGGCAACAACUCUGAAAUUCUUACAAAUGAUUCUGAUGAAUUUAGCCUGAAUGAGGAUAGUGCAAUGGAUUCAAAUUUUAAACACACAGGAACUAUUGAAUGCCCUGAAGAAGAUGAGCUGAAUAAAGGCCUUGAUCUUAAAAUAAAGGGUGUGGUCAAUAAGAAGAAAAGAAACCCCAACAGGAAGAGGGCAACCAAUGAUUCUUCCAAGCCAACCAUUGAUUCUUCCAAGCCAACCAUUGAUUCUAUUUUCACGAUUGAGGAGGAACUUGGUUUGAGGAAUUCCAGUCAAAGCUCCCUUAAUAUUUGCGGAAAUUUUGAAGAAAGAUGCUUUGAGCAAGAUGGAGACGAACACCUGCCCCUUGUGAAACGAGCAAGAGUCAGAAUGGGUAAAUCAUCUUCCACAGAGGGAGAACUCAAUAGCAUUCUACAUGCUCCAGGGAAAAGCUGUAAGGAAGAUAUUAGCCCACCAUCCCAGAUGGUAGAUUCCUCAAAUCGUGAAAAUGAAAGCAAUGCUCCAGGGAAAAGCUGUAAGGAAGAUAUUAGCCCACCAUCCCAGUUGAUAGAUUCCUCAUAUCGGGAAAAUGGAAGCAAUGCUCCAGGGAAAAGCUGUAAGGAAGAUAUUAGCCCACCAUGCCAGAUGAUAGAUUCCUCGAAUCCUGAAAAUGGAAGCAAUGCUCCAGGGAAAAGCUGUAAGGAAGAUAUUAGCCCACCAUCCCAUAUGAUUGAUUCCUCAAAUCGUGAAAAUGGAAGCUCUCUUGAUGCAGCAGGCUCAUCUGUCCUGGUUGGAACUGUGGAAAAUAUUUCUCCUUCAAAGAAUUUUGCAUCACGUUUUGAAAAUCAAAUUUGUAAUAAUAAGAAAGAUCAAACAUUCUGCUCUGUGGAUUGCGAAGCUGCUUUACCUCCAUCUAAACGCCUUCAUCGAGCUUUAGAAGCCAUGUCAGCUAAUGCUGCGGAAGAAGGUCAGGCUCGUACAGAAUCAUCAGCCUCCAGAAUGACUUCAAUUGGCACAUGUUGUAUAUCUGCUAUCAAGACAAGCCCAAAUAUGACUAUUAAUGAUCAUGAAGGUGGUGAUUUAGAGCUGCAAAAGUUAAAUGCCUGUGAUGGUGGUUCUUCUCAUAUCAUUGUGCAUAGUUUUCCUGCUAAUUCUAAUCAAGUGGAUAAGCUGUCAACCAAUUUCCAACCACAAGAAACUGGCACAGAUGUUCUCCCAAGUGCUGCAGAUAAAGUUGAAGAACUCAGUGGUUUUGUGGUUUGUCAUACUGCUAAUGCGGAUUCGGAAAUUCAGGUUCAUAGGGAAAUUUCUCCAGUUAUUGAUUCAAAAUGUUAUGAAGUUGAAAGCAAUCAAGAUUCACCUGACCUGUCAUUACCACCAACUAGUGAAGACAAUAUUAUAACGUCAAAUCUUUCAAAUACAACAUCUGAUGUAUCUGAGCACAAUGGAAUAAGCCUUCUUUCCGUGGCCGAUGUGAUGAAGAAAGAAAUUAUUACCCCUCAAAAUGAUAUUGAUCUGCCUCGGAAUGAGGUUGCUAUUUCUGAGGAUACGAAGUGCCUGACGCCAGUAGUUGUGGAUGCUGACAGAGCAAAUGAGAUGAGUGAGGUCAUAAAAGAGGUAAAAUGUCAAGGACCCGAGGAGGAUUUGAAUUCUGUUUCAACUUCUGACUGUCUGGGUCAAAAGGUUAUUUCAGGCAUUCGGUCAAGUCCAUCCCUGACAGAUGGGGGAGAUUGCCUUCCACAAGGAUCACCUCCAAACACGUCAAUUUGCAAUGUAUCCACAUCAGACAGUAGUAAUAUGCUUCACAAUGGAAGUUGUAGUCCUGAUGUACAUUUACACCAGAAACAAACUUUUUCUGGUCCUGUUGAUGAAAAUAAGUAUGGAUCUGAGGCAACUCAACACUCAAGAUCAACGGGCAAGUCAACUGAAGCGGGUCGGGCUGCUUUGCUUUAUUUUGAAGCAAUGCUUGGAACAUUGAAAAGGACAAAGGAAAGUAUCGGCCGAGCAACACGUAUAGCUAUUGACUGUGCAAAGUUUGGCAUUGCAGCUAAGGUCAUGGAAAUUCUUGCCCACAAUCUUGAAAAUGAAUCAAGUUUGCAUCGGAGGGUAGAUUUGUUUUUUCUUGUUGACUCUAUUGCACAGUUUUCUAGAGGUUUAAAAGGUGAUGUUUGUUUAGUUUAUUCCUCCGCUAUCCAAGCAGUCCUCCCUCGACUAUUAUCUGCUGCUGUUCCUCCUGGUAAUGCUGCACAAGAGAACCGUAGGCAAUGUCUUAAGGUUUUAAGGUUGUGGUUGGAGAGAAAAAUCCUACCAGAACCCAUGGUUCGCCACCAUAUCCGGGAAUUGGAUUUGUAUAGUUCAAUUUCUGCAGGGGUCUUUUCACGAAGAUCAUUAAAAACAGAGAGGGCUAUGGAUGACCCUAUAAGAGAAAUGGAGGGUAUGCAUGUUGACGAAUAUGGAAGCAACUCAAGUUUGCAGCUACCUGGAUUUUGCAUGCCCCGAAUGCUUAAAGAUGAAGAUGAAGAUGAAGAUGAAGAUGACAAUGAAGGGAGUGAUUCUGAUGGAGGGAAUUUUGAGGCUGUCACACCUGAGCAUAUUUCUGAAGUACAUGAAAUGACUUCUACGAUUGAUAAACACAGGCAUAUCUUAGAAGAUGUUGAUGGUGAGCUUGAAAUGGAAGAUGUAGCUCCCACUUGUGAUGUUGAAAUGAAUUCAUUUUGCAAUGUUGAAAGAGGAAAUGCCACACAGUUUGAGAAGAAUAUCUCCCUGACCUCUGCCCCUCUACCUCAGCUUGUGCAUCAAUCUUCCCCACCACCACCAUCGGCCCCACCACCACCAUCGGCCCCACCACCUCCACCUCCACCCCCACCACCUCCUCCUCCCCCGCCACCCCUUCCUAUGCCACACCUUGUUUCAUCUACCUCCGAUCCAUGUCGUACUGUAUUUAAUUCAAGAGGUCAUGCAGAAUCACAGUGUGUGGAAGACAACCCACUUCACCCUAUGGCUCAGCCAUCGGCUGCACCAAGGAGUAACCAUCCUAGUAGUGAUGCAGUACACUAUCAUGUCCCAGAAUAUAGAGAAGUGCACAUGCCAGAGUCUACUUGCUCUUUCAACAGUUUCCCUGUACCACCAGUAAAUUAUCAACAUUCUGAUGGUGUUGGUUCGCAUAAUAGAGGAUAUUCUAUAAGGCCACCAUGUCAUGUACCGUCGAAUCAAUUUUCUUUUGUUCACGAGGAACAUCAUGUGAGACAUCGAAGGGAGGUUCCACCACCACCACCACCACCUCCUUACUCCAACAGGCAACACUUUGUGGAGAACUUGGAGAGAGAGCACUUCUAUAAUAAUAAUCAUGAAAGAUUAAAACCACCUCCAUAUGAUUACCGAGAGAGAUGGGAUGUACCCCCACCUUAUCCUGGUCCUAGAUAUCAGGACGAAGAUAUGCCUUCCCCAUAUGGGUGUCAUCCAUGUGAACCACCUAGAGUACCAGGUCAUGGGUGGAGAUUUCCUCCCCGGUCAAUGAAUCACAGGAACGACAUGCCAUUUAGACCACCCUAUGAAGAUUCAAUUCCAGUUACGAACAGAGGUCCAAACUUUUGGCGGCCUAGGUGAUAGUAACCAAGGAUCCGAAUUUGGUAUAAUGGUCUUUUUAGACCCGAACUCUGGCUUUGUUUAGGAGGUAUUUAUGGUCUAUCAUUCUGUACAUGCAGGACUCCUUUAAGGAGGAUUCAACAUAUUCUGCACAUGACAUGUGAAUGUAUCAUUAGAUUUGUUGUAUAUAUGUAUUUAAGCCUGUUCUGCAGAAUGCAGGGCAGGAAGAGUCAUUGUAGAGUUGUGGGAGAGGUGUAACUUUAACUUAGGUGGUGUCAAAAUUUUUCCCUUCUAAAAUUUUAUAAUUUAUUUUAUGAUAUCUCGUACAGAGUUUAGAUCAGUAUAUAUAUAAAUUUCAGUGAAUAUUUCCUGGAAUUGUUUUUAA